AUGCCCCAUCGAACCGUCAGCCCAUCAAUACCCUCAAGGGCCCCUCGUCUCGCCUCCGCAUUGCCUGUGUCAGCCCAUGUCUCGCCCCGUCCGUGCCGUUCAUGUCUCGCCCGUCUCACUCGCGUCAUCUCAAACGACGCGCGCGAGCUACCGCCCACAGACGUCGAGCGCACCAGCCCCGAAGCGACAGGCAUCGCAGCCAAACGACCCCCCGACCUGCUCAUGCUUGUACGACGGACGCUCGCGCUGGACGUGCUCGCGGUGCUGCACACGCUCGAGGGAUGCGUUCGGCUCCCGCUCAACCAUGGCGUCUACGACGUGCAGAACGACCAACCUAUCGCUGCUCUCCUCGCUCUCGCUGUCCUCACCCUCAUACACCUCCCCCGGAGCUUGAACACGACUGUCGGAUCAAGUCAGGAGAAGGAGAGGUUCACUCAGAUCAAGACUUCAAUGUUGGACGAUGAGCGGCCCGACCAUUUGUUGGCUUUGUCACGGACAAAGGAGUGUCUUGGAGAGCAAUGGGAUGACGACGAGAACAACACCAGCAGCCCUGAGGGUGAUCGCCGUCCCUCAAUGGCGUCACGCAUGGUUGCUCAGGGCAAGGCACGGAAGUGUGCGUCUGCGUAA